AUGUGCCUCCUCAAAUUGAACGAUGACGAUGACGGUGCCCUUCGCCUGACCGAAGACCUUCACGACAACAUUCCCGCCUACGCUAUCCUCUCACAUACGUGGGGUGACGACAAAGACGAGGUGACUUUGGACCACCUUGACGGGAAGAUGAAGGCUGGCUACACAAAGAUGAAAUUCUGUGGCGAACGGGCCGAGAAAGACAAUCUCAAACAUUUCGAGGCCAUCAACUCUAUGUUUCGCUGGUACUGUGACGCCGCGAAUUGCUACGUCUACCUGUCAGACGUGUCGGUCUCUAAGGGAGACGAGGAUCAUAUCAGAGCGGCAUAG